CAGGUACUACACUUAAUGAAUCGGCUUCAUCUGCCGCCUCCUUUUGGUGAUCCUGAGUUGUUUCCCGGUACAUUGACUGUGAUCUCUGAGCCAUGGUUACCUAGUGCCUUGAAGUCUCAGCCAGUUCAAAACCCGGUAAGCCCAGUGGUAAACACUACCGAGGCCAUGGACCUAUCCAGUAGCGCAGAAUCUGAGCUGCAAUCUGAUGAAAAUGAGUGUGUAAACAUGGAAAGUAAACACUUCGUCCCCAAGGCCAGAAGCCGAAAAAGGCGUCUAUUUGGACAUUCACGGGGUUCAACACAAAAGUUGUCGAUAGCUCCAGUUGCCGUGUCUGCAGAUGCCGGCAAGCACUCCGGUGUAUCUGAGCUAUUCGAAAUCGAACCGGCAGUACAACCGAAGAUGCAGUUACACGUCCCCUCGGAGCUACCGUCCACAACCAGUCCCCAUAUGAUAGCUCAAUCACGUGAUUCCGAAGGAGGAUUUGGGAUCAUGAAGCCUUCGAACCGUUCCCUUGUCGAAUUGCCAAAAGGGCCUACGGAUCGGAAGCUACGGAGCACUUUUAAGCUGAGGAAAAGUCCCAACCCAGACGACAGCGAUGAUGCCCUGACGCCUUCAUGUCCCGUGGCCGAAGAGAAUGCUUCUGAGCACUCCCAACUUUCACUUUCGCUUAACGAUCUACGAUUGCGCCGGCUCACACAAGAAGAGCGACAAAACUACGCUGUUUUUGCCAAAAAUUAUGCGCCAGGUGAUCCUACUUCACGACUGUACAUCAAAAAUCUGUCGCCACUGGUUACCGAGGAAGAUUUAUAUCGGGUAUACGGCGCUUUCCAAUCUGGGCUGGUAGAGAACGUGCACUUUCGACCGCCCGUUCCGACAACCUCCACAGAUCGCCUCGCCAUCCGCCUGCUGACUGGGGGCCGAAUGAAAGGUCAAGCAUUCGUCAGCUUGAACUCCGAGCAAACUGCAAUACAAGCGUUAGAGGCGACCAAUGGACUCUUGUUGCAUGAUCGCCCAAUGGUGGUUCAGUUCGCAAGAGGGGCAAAAGGGAAGGUUGAUGAGAACACUCUUAUCACGUGAACUUGAUGACUGCGUUCUCCAGGUUAAAAGCACCUUUGUACAAAUAUCAGCUGCAUUUUGAAACCUUUUCUUUUUUCAAUUACUUUGCCGUGGUGAGUCACAGGCUUCAAUCUAGCGCGGUUUAAGUUAACACUAUUUUUGUCGUAUAUUUCCGCUACCUUGAAAUACAGAAACACCUGAAAGCAAAUCCAAAAUGUGCCCCUAAUGUCUUACACCACUGCGAAGCG